GCAAAAAUGUUAGGCAAAAACAAGGUCCCCUAAAUCACAUGCAACCUACACACUUGAAUCAUGACCCUUCUUUUUCUUUACGCGUCGGAAUAUUUUAAGAUCCAACUGCCCUUAAUGAUAUUGUGAAUCAGUUCCCCUCCCAAAAAAAAAUUAUGCAUGCCUCAGUAUAUAUACAUAUACAUAUACAUAUAUAUUGAGUCUUCCACGCUCGGUCAUUAAUAUUGCCACUGGAGAGCCAGAGAGAGAGAGACAGAGAUUUUAGGGUUCCUUAAUUCUAUAGGGGCGGCUUAUAGAUGGGAAGGAGUCCUUGUUGUUCAAAGGAUGAGGGGUUGAAUAGAGGAGCAUGGACAGCUAUGGAAGACAAAGUACUGACUGAAUAUAUCAGAAAUCAUGGUGAAGGGAAAUGGAGAAACCUUCCCAAAAGAGCAGGGCUCAGGAGAUGUGGCAAAAGUUGCAGGCUGCGAUGGUUGAACUACCUAAGACCUGACAUCAAGAGAGGAAACAUCACUCGUGAUGAAGAAGAGCUCAUCAUCAGGCUUCACAAGCUCCUGGGCAACAGAUGGUCUCUGAUAGCUGGAAGGCUUCCAGGCCGAACAGACAAUGAAAUCAAGAAUUAUUGGAACACUACAAUUGGAAAGAGAAUUCAAGUUGAAGGUCGCUUAUGUUCUGAUGGAAAUCGUAGGCCAACCCAAGAAAAACCAAAACCUACGCUGUCACCUAAACCUUGUACAAAUAUUUCAUGCACCAAAGUGGUCAGAACCAAAGCAUCAAGGUGCACAAAAGUGGUCUUGCCCCAUGAGUCCCAAAAGUUUGGUCACAGUACUAAACAAGUGGUCAAUGCAGCACCAAUACUAGACCAGGCGAUGAAUAAUCCGAUGGUGGGGAUUGAUGAACCUUUGUUGCCAAUGUCAUUUUUGGACGAUGAAAACAAUAAUUCGUGUGAGUUUUUGGUGGAUUUUAAGAUGGACGAGAAUUUUCUAUCCGAUUUUCUUAAUGUCGAUUUCUCUGUGCUCUAUAACAAUGAGGGAGCUGGUAAAGCUGCUGCUGCUGCUACCACUGAAGACACGAGUAAUAAGUUGCAUGGCCCAGAUCUCCGAUCAUCUAUGGCUCCUAUCAUUGAAUCUGAAUUGGACUGCUGGCUCGUAGAUAAUUAAUACAGAUCAUUAAUCAAAUAAUAUAUCUUAGUUCAACCUUCAAAACCCUAAUUAGCUUAUUAUAUGCAUAAUUCCCUAUUAAUUAUGAGAAAAAUACUUGUAAUUAUUGUGUCCAUGUUUGUGUACGUGUGACGAUGAUGAUGUUGACUUUGAUUAUCUGGUAGUCAAUGGGAACAACGGCCCAAGUUUCUGAUCAUUGAGAAGUCUAGCUACUAUAUUUUAUGGUGAUCUACAGUAAGAGGAUAUUCUGCCGUGUUAAAAAAUAAUUCCUCAGAAUUCUCUCUCUCUACUGUAUGUAGUUCUUCGUUGCAAUAAAAUCAAUGAAUGAAAUCGGCCAGUUUUAAUUGA